AUGGACAUCAGAAAUGUUGUGGAAAACCUCGAGGAGUUGGUUACCUGUCCUUUAUGCUCCAACGUUGUUCGCAAACCCAAACUUACGCCGUGUCUCCACACGUUUUGUUGUGAAUGUUUGAAAGAAAUUGCCAGAAGUCGGCCAUAUCAAACCUCAAUCGCGUGUCCACUCUGCCAAACUGAUAUUCGAAAACCAGAAGGCAACCAGUUCGAUUUACUGCCAUCAAAUUUGUACACCACCCGCCUUCUAGAUCUUCUGAUCGCCAAACGUCGCAAUUAUCCUGAUGCUGCCUGUGGGAACUGCCAAAAGAAGUUGAUGUUAAGCGCGUUUUGCUUUGCGUGUGACACAUUCAUGUGUGAUGAAUGCUUCAACGCGCACAAUGUCAUUACUCGAAGUAACGCGCAUCGUACAGUGAGUCUGGGAAAAUUCAAGAUGCGAGAUUAUGAAGAUCUGCUUCGGCGACCGAUGCUUUGCGCCCACAAAUUCACAGAGAAAGGUGUUGUCGAAUACUUUUGUUACGACUGUGACGCUUGUGUCUGUCACAUAUGCAAUAUCGCCGUCCAACACACUCAUCGAAUUGUCGACCUGCACGAGGCCGCUUCGGAGCAAAAGUUAAAACUCCGAGAUAUGAACUCGAGACUCAAAGAGCAAAUUAGAAUGGUGGAAAUUGGUGUUCAUAACGUCGAACAUCGAUCAGUGGAAGUCCAGGAGCAGGUAGACUACCUGAAGAAAGAUAUCACAACAAAGAUGGAUAAUCUUGUCGCCAACAUCAGGGCUCAUCAAGAGGAGAUUAUACAGUCGCUGGAGAAUAUCCGUAGGGAUAAGCUCGAGAAUCUCUCAUUCCAGCUAAAGCUUUUCGAGACUAUGAAGUCACAGACCGAAAGCGCCUUUGUUUACAUCGAAAAUCUUCUCCAAAGAAAUAUCAGCGAAGAAAUCCUGAAUAUUAAAAAUCACGUCACGUCACGCGUUGAAGAGAUCGCGAAUCUUGUUGUGGGCACAAACCCCGCGGAAAAUGAACAGAUCGGUUACGUUCCUAACUUCGAAAUAUUUGAUGGGCUUCAAAACUCGACCAUAGGUAGAGUUGUGACCAGUCUCACCGAACCAGCCAUGUCAACGGCUGAGGGAGACGGUGUGGAUGAUGUCUCAGCUGGAGAAGAAGCUGAAUUUACAGUUACAACCAGAAACGCCCAGGGCGAGGUCUGCUACAGCGAAAUCGACCAUGUGGUAGUGGAAGUAAAGUCUUCGAUGUGGGGUGUGAUAGAAAGCAGUGUUCGAAACUAUAAAAAUGGUACUUACUAUGUAAGUUACUUGCCUCGCGUCCCUGGGCCCCACCGAGUACAAGUUGAAGUUGGCGGGCAUCUGAUCCGAGAUAGCCCUUUCAUGGUUGAAGUGAAACCACCGAUUCUAUCCCCCCUGAAAUCUUUUGGCUCCCAUGGUAAUCCAGAUGGGAAAUUUACUCAACCUCACGGAGUCAUUGGGUCAGACAAUGGGCAAAUCGUUGUGUCGGAUAGCCUAAAGCAUCGCAUUCACGUAUUCACAGCAGACGGAGGACAGAUCCUCGAUUUUGGUGGAGAGGGCACCAAAGAUGGCAAAUUAUUUCACCCGAUGGCCAUAGCCUUUGACAAGAGUCAGAAGUACAUCCUAGUCGCUGACAGUGACAACAACCGUGUGCAGUACUACGAUGUUAAAACUGGCAGGUACGUCAAGAAGUUUGGCUCAGAGGGCAGUGGCCAUGGCCAGUUCAAUGGACCGUGUGGCAUCUCUGUGGAUCAGAGAGGUCGCGUCAUUGUCACCGACUGGAACAACCACAGAGUCCAAGUUUUUGGCCCUGAUGGCAAGUUCCUUUUCAAAUUUGGAGAUACAGGAGAAGACCGGCUCAUUCAUCCCAGGUUUGCUAUUUACCAUGAUACAGAAGAGCGUUUUGUGGUCUCGGACACCGGUAACGAUGUGAUAAAAGUUUUUGAUCAAAAUGGGGAUCUGAUACGGAUAAUAGGCCGACCUGGUCACAAGAAAGGCGAAUUUUGUGGCCCACGGGGCCUAGCUAUUGAUAAAAACCAAAAUAUUAUUGUAUGCGAUUUUGAAAAUCACCGUCUUCAAGUUGUUACUAUAAGAGGAGUUGUUCUCAAUAGUUUCGGUACCAAUGGGAAAGGUCUUGGGCAAUUUGCAUUCCCACUUAGUGUUUCCGUGGUCGGUGGGUCACGUGUCAUUGUCAGCGAUUGGGGUAACAAUAGGAUCCAGAUCUUUAAGUAUAGAGAUUCUAUAAACUAA